AUGGCUGCCGCGGGUGGAGGGCUGCAAGGCUCCUUGAAGCAGCUGCAGGAGACCUUGUCCGCGGCGGAUCGGGGCGCCGCCGCAAUGGCCGGUUAUCACCUGAUCCGGGGCUUGGGCCUGGAGUGCGUGCUGAGCGCCAGCGCCUCGGCUCUGGCCUUACAGAUGUCCUUAGUUUUUUCCAGAGAUUAUGGUUUGCAUGUAUUUGUGCAGAAAUCGCUUGGCUUUGAAGAAUUUCGUGAUUGCAGAGAAGAAGCCCUAAAAUUUUUGUAUAUUUUCUUAGAAAAAAUUGGCCAGCAGAUCAUACCUUAUGCUCUUGAGAUUAAGAAUACUUGCACCAGUGUUUAUAUAAAAGAUAAAGCUGCUAAAUGUAAAAUUCCGGCCUUAGACCUUCUUAUUAAGUUACUUCAGAUUUUGAGAAGUUCUAGCCUCAUGGAGGAAUUCAAAGUUAGAGAAUUAUUUAUCAAAUUUUAUGGAGAACUUGCCCUGAGAAAAAAAAUACCAGACACAGUUUUAGAAAAAAUAUAUGAACUCCUAGGAGUAUUAGGUGAAGUACAUCCUAGUGAGAUGGUAAAUAACUCAGAAAAACUGUUCCGGGCUUUUUUGGGUGAACUUAAGACCCAGAUGACGUCCACAGUCAGGGAGCCCAAACUGCCUGUUGUGGCGGGAUGUCUGAAGGGCCUGACUUCACUUCUGUGUAACUUCACCAAAUCCACCGAGGAAGAUCCCCAGACUUCAAAGGAGAUUUUUGAUUUUGCAAUAAGGGCAAUUUCCCCUCAGAUUGACCUGAAGAGAUAUGCGGUACCCUCAGCUGGCCUGCGCUUGUUUGCCCUGCAUGCAUCCCAGUUCAGCACCUGCCUUUUGGACAACUACAUGUCUUUGUUUGAAGUGAUUUCGAAGUGGUGUGGUCAUACCAAUGUCGAACUGAAGAAAGCUGCACAUGCGGCCUUGGAGUCCUUUCUGAAACAGGUUUCUGUUACGGUAUCAGCAGAUGCAGAAAGGCAUAAGAGUACACUGCAGUAUUUCAUGAAACAGUUCUACGAAAUCAUCAGAAACAUGGACUCCAGCAACAAGGAGUUAGCCAUUGCUAUUCGUGGAUAUGGACUGUUUGCAGGACCUUGUAAGGCGAUCAGUGCUGAGAAUGUGGACUGGAUGUAUGUUGAGCUCCUCCAGCGCUGCAGACAGAUGUUCCUGACGCAGACCGACACUGCAGAAGACCAUACUUACCAGUUGCCAAGUUUCCUCCAGUCCAUUGCCAGUGUCUUGCUUUACCUUGACACUGUGCCUGUGGUGUACACUCCAGUUCUGGAGCACCUCCUGGUGGUGCAGAUAGACAGCUUCCCACAGUAUAGUCCAAAGAUGCAGCUGGUGUGUUGCCGAGCCAUAGUGAAGGUUUUCCUGGUCUUAGCCAACAAAGGACCAGUUCUCUGGAAUUGCAUUGGUACUGUGGUGCAUCAGGGUUUAAUCAGAAUAUGUUCUAAGCCAGUGGUCCUUCAACAGGCUGCAGCUGAUUCGGAAGAUCUACGUGCCCCUGGGGAAGUCCAAACUGGCAAGUGGAAAAUGCCCAUCACCAAAGACUAUUUGGAUCUUUUUAGGAGUCUCAUGAACUGUGACCAGAUGAUGGAUUCUCUUUUAGCAGAUGAAGCAUUUUUCUUUGUGAAUUCGUCCCUUCAAAGUUUGAAUCGUUUGCUCUAUGAUGAAUUUAUAAAAUCUGUUUUGAAGAUUGUUGAGAAAUUGGACCUUACACUAGAAAAACAGAAUGUUGGGGAACAAGAGGAUGACAAUGAAUCUGCUGGUGCUUGGGUGAUCCCAACUUCAGAUCCAGUGGCUAACCUGCGUGCUGCUAAACCUCAAGAUUUUUCAGCUUUUAUCAACCUAGUGGAAUUUUGCAGAGAGAUUCUUCCUGAGAAACAUGUGGACUUUUUUAAGCCCUGGGUAUAUUCCUUUGCCUAUGUGCUGAUUUUGCAGUCUACUCAGUUGCCACUGAUCAGUGGUUUCUACAAGUUGCUCUCUGUUGUAGUGAGAAAUGCCAAGAAAAUGAAAUAUUUUGAGGGCAUUAGUCCAAAGAGCCUGAAACACUCUUCUGAGGAUGCUGAAAAAUAUUCUUGUUUUGCUUUAUUUGCAAAAUUUGGCAAAGAGGUGUCAGUUAAAAUGAAGCAGUACAAAGAUGAGCUGCUGGCUUCCUGCUUGACCUUCAUUCUGUCCCUGCCACACCACAUCAUUGAGCUUGAUAUGAAAGCCUAUGUACCUGCAUUGCAGAUGGCUUUCAAACUGGGCUUGAGCCAUACCCCGUUGGCGGAAGUAGGCCUGAAUGCCCUAGAAGAGUGGUCUGUUAAUAUCCAUAAGUACGUGAUUCAGCCAUAUUACAAGGACAUUCUCCCUUGCCUGGACGGUUAUCUGAAAACUUCAGCCUUUCAAGAUGAGACCAAGAACAAUUGGGAAGUGUCUGCGCUCUCUCGGGCUGCCCAGAAAGGCUUUCAAAAAGUUGUGUUAAAGCAUCUGAAGAGGACAAAGAAUUUGACAUCAGUAAGCGAUCCCCUGUGUUUACUUUAUCUUACUUACUGCACAGCUGGUUCAUCAGAUGAAAUGAUGAAGAGAUGUAUGGCAUGGGAUAAAGAAAAGAGGCUCAGUUUUGCCGUGCCAUUUCUAGAGAUGAAGCCCAUCAUCUAUCUUGAUGUCUUUUUGCCUCGGGUCACAGAAUUAGCUCUGUUAGCUACUGACAGACAGACUAAGGUUGCAGCAUGUGAACUUUUACAUAGCGUGGUCAUGUUUAUGCUGGGAAAGGCCACUCAAAUACCUGAAGGUGACCAUGGCUUCCCGCCCAUGUACCAGCUCUACAAACGGACUUUCCCUGUGCUGCUCCGACUUGCAUGUGAUGUGGAUCAGGUAAGUGAGAUUGUCCAUCUCCCUCUGGGUGCAGUGGUUACACAUUGGGCCACUAACCACAAGGCCAGCAAGGCCGACAGGACACUGACUGGUCGUCUGUGCCUCUGGUUUCAGGAAGGCAUUGUGGACCCCGUUGACAGCACUCUCAGAGACUUUUGCGGUCGUUGCGUUCGAGAGUUCCUCAAAUGGUCCAUUAAGCAGACAACCCCACAGCAGCAGGAACGAAGUCCCGUAAACACCAAAUCACUGUUCAAGCGACUGUACAGCUUCGCCCUGCACCCCAGUGCUUCCAAGAGGCUGGGGGCCGCACUUGCUUUUAAUAAUGUCUACAGAGAGUUCCGGGAAGAAGAGUCCUUGGUGGAACAGUUUGUGUUCGAAGCCUUGGUUGUCUACAUGGAAAGUCUGGCCCUGGCACACACAGAUGAAAAAUCCUUGGGCACAGUCCAGCAGUGCUGUGCUGCCAUUGAUCAUCUGAGGCACAUCAUCGAAAAGAAACACGAGUCUUUAAAUAAACCCAAAAGACGCCGCUUGCCCCGAGGAUUCCCUUCUGAGUCUUCACUGUGCCUGCUGGACCUGGUCAGGUGGCUCUUGGCCCACUGUGGAAGGCCCCAGGCGGAAUGUCGGCACAAGUCCAUAGAGCUCUUCUAUAAAUUUGUUCCUUUAUUGCCAGGUAACAAAUCCCCUUCUGUGUGGUUGAAAGAUGUUACCAAGAAAGAAGGCAUUUCUUUUCUUGUACACCACUUUGAAGGGGGAGGAAGUAGUUGUGACCAGCCUUCUGGCAUCCUUGCUCAGCCCACCCUCAGCCAUCUGCCAAGGCCCUUUAGCCUUCGAGCAACCCUGCAGUGGAUGGACAUGCUGCUGGCAGCCCUGGAGUGCUACAACACCUUUAUCGGCGAGAAGACCAUUGGGGCCUUUGAGGUCCUGGGUGCUGAAGUACAGUCUUCACUUUUGACAGCAGUGACGUUUUUCUUGGAGAGACUUGCCAUGCACAGUCUACCGGAAGCAGAACGGUGCUUUGGCACUGGCACCCUGGGUGACAUUCCCAGCCCGCAGGAGGAAGAAGCAUAUAACUAUAGUAAAUGCACAGUGGUGGUCCGAAUUAUGGAAUUUAUCACCAUGCUGCUGAACACCUCUCCAGAAGGUUGCAAGCUGCUUGAAAAGGACUUCCUCAUCACCAACCUCCUGAAGCUUGUGGUGAAAACACUGUGUGAUCCCACAAGCAUGGGCUUCAAUGUGGGAGAUGUUCAGGUCAUGAAUCGUCUUCCCGGUGUGUGUGUGAACCUGAUGUCAGCACUGAAGAAGCUGCCCUAUGAAGAAAUCCUGAAGACAUACCUUCAGGAACAAAUACCCGUGCAGAGCCUUGAAGACCUUUUUGCUGUUGACCUGUAUGACCGUAAUGCUCCUGUGGACAGGACCAGGCUGACUUCUUUGGUGUCAGCAUGUAAACACCUUAAUAAAGCUGGGUUCUUGCAUGCUAUAUUACCAGCACAGUCUGCAGAUCUACAUUAUUCUAUUGGCCCCAAACUUCUUUCUAUGGUUUAUAAAGACCUCACACCUGGAGAAGGUCAGUGCCCUCCUGCACUAGACAUCAGCUGUAAGCGGUUGGCCAGUGGACUCCUGGAGCUGGCCUUUACUUUUGGAGGACCGUGUGAGCAGCUGGUGGGCCUCCUCCUGAGCACACCAGUAUUGUCCAUGCCUUCCUCGGGUCGGUUACAGAAAAGCAUAGUCAGCUUCUCCCAGGGAGAGUAUUUUUAUAGCUUAUUCUCAGAAAUCAUCAACACUGAAUUGCUGAAAAAUGUGGAUAUGGCUGUGACGGAACUCAUGAAUUCAUCUGAGGAGAAUCCCAAAAUGGUGAGUGCUGUUUUGAAUGGCAUGUUAGAUCAGAGCUUCAAGGACCGAGCCUUCCAGAAACAGCAAGGACUGAAGCUUGUGACCGCCGUUCUACAGAACUGGAAGAAGUGUGCAUCAUGGUGGGCCUGCGAUUCUGCUCCUGAGAGUAAAAUUGCCACGCUGGCUUUGUUGGCAAAAAUUUUACAGAUCGAUUCAUCUGUAUCUUUUAAUACAAAUCACAGCUCAUUCCCUGACGUCUUUAGAACCUAUACUAGUUUACUUGCUGAUCCAAAGUUGAGUCUACAUUUAAAGGGCCAAGCUGUUGUCAUUCUUCCCUUCUUCACAAAUCUCACUGGAGGAAGCCUUGAGGACCUUAAGCAUGCUCUGGAAAGAUUUGUGGUUUCGAAUUUCCCUAUGACGUCUGAUGAAUUUCCCCAGGGAACACUGAGGUAUAAUAAUUAUGUGGACUGCAUGAAAAAGUUUCUAGAUGCAUUGGAAUUAUCGAAAAGUCCUGUAUUGUUGCAACUGCUGACAGAAAUUCUUUGUCGGGAGCAGCAACACGCUAUGGAAGAGUUAUUUCAGUCUACUUUCAUGAGGAUUGCAAUUAGGAGUUCAUGUAUCACACAAGUCACCCUUCUGGACAGUGUGUACGCACUGUUUGGGAGGGAUGACCUACUUUCUAAUACCACUCGCCAGUCAUUUGUAGAUCGUUCUCUGCUUACCCUCCUGUGGCACUGUACUCUGAGCGCUUUGAGAGAAUUUUUUAGCAAAAUUGUGGUGGAUGCCAUUGAUGUUUUGAAGUCCAGGUUUAUAAAGAUAAAUGAACUUGCUUUUGAUACUCAAAUCACUAAGAAGUUGGGCUAUUUUAAGAUACUAGACGUGAUGUAUUCUCGUCUUCCAAAAGAUGAUGUUCACUCUAAGGAAUCAAAAAUCAAUCAAGUUUUCCAUGGCUCCUGUAAUGUGGAAGGAAAUGAACUCACAAAGACGCUUAUUAAAUUGUGCUAUGAUGCCUUUACAGAGAACAUGGCAGGGGAGAAUCAGUUGCUGGAGAGGAGAAGACUUUAUCAUUGUGCCGCCUACAAUUGUGCCAUGUCUGUUAUCCGCUGUGUCUUCAGUGAAUUAAAAUUCUACCAAGGUUUUCUGUUCAGCGAGAAACCAGAAAAGAACUUGCUUAUUUUUGAAAAUCUGAUAGAUGUGAAUUGCUGCUAUACAUUUCCUGUAGAAAUUGAGGUCCCUAUGGAAAGGAAGAAGAAGUACAUUGAAAUUAGGAAAGAGGCCAGACAAGCAGCAAGUGGGGAUGCAGAUGGUCCUCAUUAUAUAUCUUCCUUGUCAUAUUUGGCAACUAGUAGCCUGAGUGAGGAAAUGAGCCAAUUUGAUUUCUCAACUGGAGUUCAGAGUUAUUCUUACAGUUCUCAAGACCCCAAAUCUACCACUGGUCAUUUUCGGAGAUGGGAUCAUCAGGAGCCAGUGGACCGAGGGGAGUUCAUGGAGCUGGAGAUGGAUGAGCUGAACCAGCAUGAAUGCAUGGCCCCCCUGACAGCCCUGGUCAAGCACAUGCAGAGAAGCCAGAUCACUGUGAGGGUGGAGGAGGGUUCAGUGCCCAGCACUCUUCCUGCUUGGAUGAAGUUUCUUCAUGACAAACUAGCAAAUCCAUCAGUACCAUUAAAUAUCCGCCUCUUCUUAGCCAAACUGGUUAUAAAUGCAGAAGAAGUCUUUCGACCUUAUGCAAAGCACUGGCUAAGCCCCUUGCUGCAGUUGGUUGUUUCUGAAAACAAUGGAGGAGAAGGAAUUCACUACAUGGUGGUUGAGAUAGUGGUCACUGUUCUGUCCUGGACGGGUAUAGCCACUCCUGUAGGGGUCCCUAAAGAUGAAGUGUUAGCAAAUCGAUUGCUUCAUUUUCUCAUGAAACACGUCUUCCAUCACAAAAGAGCUGUGUUUAGACACAACCUUGAAAUUAUAAAAACCCUUGUUGAAUGCUGGAAGGACUGCUUAUCUAUCCCUUACAGGCGCUCCAUUUUUCAGAUACUGGAGGAGCUCGUUUGCGAACUGGUUGUGAAACAGUUGAAGCAACAUCAGAACACAAUGGAGGACAAGUUCAUCGUGUGCUUGAGCAAAGUUGUGCAGCACUUCCCACCUUUGGUCGACAGGUUUAUAAAUGCCGUGUUCUUCCUACUACCAAAAUUCCACGGUGUGAUGAAGACCAUGUGUCUCGAGGCGGUGCUUUGUCGUGCCGAGGAAAUAGCAGAUCUCUACUUGAAAUUAAAGAGCAAGGACUUCAAGCAAGUCAUGAGACACAGGGACGAUGAAAGACAGAAAGUGUGUUUGGACAUAAUUUAUAAGAUGAUGGCAAAACUAAAACCAGUAGAACUUCGAGAACUUCUGAAUUCUGUUGUGGAGUUUGUUUCCCAUCCCUCUCCCAUGUGUAGGGAACAGAUGUAUAAUAUCCUCAUGUGGAUUCAUGACAAUUACAGAGAUCCAGAAAGUCAAACAGAUGCUGAUUCCCAGGAAAUAUUUAAGCUGACAAAAGAUGUGUUGAUUCAAGGAUUGAUUGAUGAGAAUCCUGGGCUUCAGUUAAUUAUUCGAAAUUUCUGGAGUCAUGAAACGAGGUUACCAUCUCCCAUUUUGGACCGAUUGCUGGCAUUGAAUUCCUUAUAUUCCCCUAAAAUUGAAAUGCACUUUUUAAGUUUAGCCACAGAUUUUCUACUUGAAAUGACCAGUCUGAGCCCAGAUUAUCCAAACCCUGUGUUUGAGCAUCCGCUGUCAGAAUGCAUAUUUCAGGAGUACACUAUUGAUUCUGACUGGCGCUUCCGAAGUACAGUUCUCACUCCGAUGUUCAUUGAGACUCAGGCUUCUCAAAGUACUCUCCAGUCCCGAGCCCAGGACGGCUCCCUGUCCGCUCAAGCGGUGAUGGUUGGACAAGUCAGGUCUACCCAGCAACACUGGGACUUCACACCAACCCAAAACACAGAUGGAAGGAGCUCCUUUAAUUGGCUGACUGGAAGCAGCAUUGACCCGUUGGCAGAUUACCUGGUCUCACCGACAUCCGAUUCCCUAUCUUCCUCCUUGUUGUUUGUCCACAAGAGGAGGGAAAAAACACCAAGAGCAUCCUUGAAGCCAGUGGGACCUAAUUUUGGCAAAAAGAGACUGGCCCUUCCAGGAGAUGAGGUGGAUAACAAAGUUAAAGGCACUGAUGAUCGGACAGAAAUAUUAAGAUUACGUAGACGAUUUCUAAAGGACCAAGAAAAGAUCAGUUUUAUUUAUGCCAGAAAAGGUGCUGCAGAACACAAGCGAGAGAAGGAGAUCAAAAGUGAGCUAAAAAUGAAGCAGAACGCCCAAGUCAUUCUGUAUAGAAGUUACCGCCAAGGAGACCUUCCUGACAUUCAGAUCAAGCACAGCAAUCUGAUCGCCCCCUUGCAAGCUGUAGCCCAGAGAGACCCUAUAAUUGCAAAGCAGCUCUUUGGCAGCUUGUUUUCUGGAAUUUUAAAGGAGAUGGAUAAAUUCAAGACCAUGUCAGAAAGAAACAACAUUACUAAAAAAUUGCUCCAGGACUUCAAUGAUUUUCUUAAUACCACUUAUUCUUUCUUUCCACCUUUUGUCUCUUGUGUUCAGGAAGUGAGUUGCCAACACCCAGACUUGCUCUGCCUUGACCCAGGCUUGGUGAGUGCUGGCUGCCUGGCCAGCUUGCAGCAGCCUGUAGGUAUCCUGCUCCUGGAAGAAGCUUUGCUCCACCUGGAGCCCCCAGAGCCUCUGGCCAAGCGAGCCCGGGGGACAUCCCACCCUACUCCUGAAGCCCUGCGGUGGAUUGAGCUGGCAAAAUUGUAUAGAUCAAUUGGAGAAUAUGAUGUCCUCCGUGGUAUUUUUAGCAGUGAAAUAGGAACGAAGCAAGUGACCCAGAAGGCGUUAUUAGCAGAAGCCAGAAGUGACUAUUCUGAAGCUAGUAUGCUAUAUAAUGAGGCUAUCAAUAAACAAGACUGGUUGGAUGGUGACCCCAAGGAAGCAGAAAAGGACUUUUGGGAACUGGCCUCGUUGGAGUGCUAUGACCACCUCACGCAGUGGAAGUCGCUGGCGUACUGUUCUACAGCCAGUGUGGACAGCAAGCAGCCUCCAGAUCUAAGUAAAAUGUGGAGUGAGCCAUUUUAUCAGGAGACUUAUUUACCGUACAUGAUCCGCAGUAAACUCAAGUUACUGCUUCAUGGAGACAAUGAUCAGUCGCUGCUGACAUUUGUUGAUAACUCUGUGAACACAGAGCUCCAGAAGGUUCUCCUAGAGCUUCACUACAGUCAAGAAUUGAGUCUCCUUUACCUCCUACAAGAUGAUUUUGACAGAGCCAAAUAUUACAUAGAAAACAGCAUUCAAACCUUUAUGCAGACGUAUUCUAGUGUCGAUGCUCUCUUACACAGAAGUAGACUCACCAAAUUACAGUCUGUACAGGUAUUAGCGGAAAUCCAGGAGUUUAUCAGCUUUAUAAGCAAUCCAGGUAACUUAUCAUCUAAAAUUCCUCUUAAGAGGCUUCUAAAAACCUGGAAAAGCAGAUACCCUGAUCCUAAAAUGGACCCCAUGCGCAUCUGGGAUGAUGUUAUAACAAAUCGCUGUUUCUUUCUCAGCAAAAUAGAGGAGAAACUUACUCCCCUUUCAGAGGAUCAUAGUAUGCUGGUAGAUGGAGAUGGAGGUCGCGGUGACAGGGUGGAAAUGCAAGAUCAGGAAGAAGAUAUUGAUUCUCUAAUUAAGAGCUGUAAGUUUUCCAUGAAAAUGAAGAUGGUAGAAAGUGCAAGGAAACAGAAUAACUUCUCGCUCGCCAUGAAGCUAUUGAAAGAGCUUCACAAAGAGUCCAAAACAAAAGAAGAUUGGCUGGUGAGAUGGGUGCAUAGCUAUUGCCAGCUGAGUCACUGCCGGAGCCAGAACCAGCCUCCCACCGAGCAGAUUCUCACUGUGUGGAAAGCCAUCUCUUUGCUAGAGGAGAACACAUCAAGCCACUUAAAUAAAAAGAUUCUGGCUUUUCGUGAUCAGAACAUUCUCUUGGGUACCACUUAUGCCAUCAUAGCUAAUGCUCUUAGCAGUGAGCCAACUUGCCUUGCCCAAAUUGAGAGCAGUAAGGUUAGAAGAAUCUUGGAGCUUUCUGGAUCCAGUUCAGAGGAUGUAGAAAAGGUGAAAGCAGGCCUGUAUAAGAAGGCAUUCCAUUUCCUAUCUGAAGCCGUGCAGACUACUGAGAAGGAAACCCAGUCUUCCAGCGGAGACUGUGCCCAUGUGGCUGGAACGAUACACGCGUACAUGACUUUAGUAGAGUUCUGUGAUCAAGCACUCCGUAGGGAGGAAGAUAAGCCAUCAGUUAUAGAUGCUGCAGAAUUACAGACAUACGCAGCACUUGUGGUGGAGAAAAUGUUGAAAGCCUUAAAAUUAAAUUCCACUGAAGCCAGGCUAAAAUUUCCCAGAAUUCUUCAAAUUAUAGAACAGUAUCCAGAGGAAACCUUGAGCCUAAUGACAAAAGAGAUUUCUUCUAUUCCUUGCUGGCAAUUCAUUGGCUGGAUCAGCCACCUGGUGGCCUUACUGGACAAAGAGGAGGCCGUGGCUGUGCAGCACACGGUGGAAGAGAUUGCGGACAACUAUCCCCAGGCGCUGGUCUACCCCUUCAUAAUAAGCAGUGAGAGCUAUGCCUUCAAAGACACUUCCACUGGUCAUAAGAACAAAGAGUUUGUGGCAAGAAUAAAAAGUAAGUUGGACCAAGGAGGAGUGAUUCAAGAUUUCAUUAAUGCCCUAGACCAACUCUCCAAUCCUGAAAUGAUCUUUAAGGAUUGGACUGAAGAUAUCAGAGCCGAACUAGAAAAGAACCCUGUUAAUAAAAAAAACAUUGAAAAAAAGUAUGGCAGAAUGCAUGCGGCCUUGGGAGACCCAAAGGUUCCAGGCUUUGGGGCUUUUAGAAAGAAAUUUAUUCAGGCCUUUGGAAAAGAAUUUGAUAAGCAUUUUGGGAAAGGAGGUUCUAAGCUAACUACGAUGAGGAUCAGUGACUUCAACAGCAUCAUCUCCACGCUACUUAAUCACAUGAACCAAGCGUCGAAGCCGCCCGGGAAUCUGCGUGAGUGCUCCCCCUGGAUGAGCAACUUCAAAGUGGAGUUUUUGAGAAAUGAGCUAGAGAUUCCUGGGCAGUAUGAUGGCAAAGGAAAGCCAUUACCUGAAUACCAUGCACGCAUCACUGGGUUUGAUGAACGGGUCAAAGUAAUGAGCUCGAUCCGAAAACCUAAGCGCAUCCUCAUCAGAGGGCACGAUGAGAAAGAGUACCCUUUCCUUGUGAAAGGGGGCGAAGAUCUGCGGCAGGACCAGCGCAUUGAGCAGCUCUUUGAAGUCAUGAAUGUCAUUCUGUCCCGGGAUGCUGCCUGCAGUCAGAGAAACAUGCAGCUAAAGACUUACCAGGUUAUACCCAUGACCAGCAGAUUAGGGUUAAUUGAAUGGAUUGAAAAUACUUUUACCUUGAAGGAUCUUCUCUUGAUUACUAUGUCACAAGAGGAGAAAACGGCUUACUUGAGAGGUCCCGAAGCACCAGUGGCGGAAUAUAAAGGCUGGCUGACAAAGGUAUCUAGAAAACAAGGGGCUGGAGCUUAUGUGCAUAUGUUUAGGGGAGCUAGUCGUACUGAAACCAUCACGGCUUUCAGAAAAAGAGAAAGUAGAGUGCCAAGCAGUCUCUUAAAGCAGGCUUUUCUGAAGAUGAGCACGGGCCCCGAGGCCUUCCUAGCGCUCCGCUCCCACUUUGCCAGCUCUCACGCCCUGCUGUGCAUUAGCCACUGGAUCCUUGGGAUCGGAGACCGACAUCUGAACAACUUCAUGGUGAAUAUGGAAACUGGCGGCAUGGUGGGAAUUGACUUUGGACAUGCAUUUGGAUCCGCUACUCAGUUUCUUCCAGUUCCUGAAUUGAUGCCUUUUCGCCUAACUCGCCAGUUUAUCAAUCUGAUGUUACCAAUGAAAGAAAUAGGUCUGAUGUACAGUAUAAUGGUACAUGCACUAAGAGCCUUUCGCUCUCACCCAGACCUACUUACCAACACCAUGGAUGUGUUUGUAAAGGAACCUUCCUUCGAUUGGAAAAAUUUUGAACAAAAAAUGCUGAAGAAAGGAGGAUCAUGGAUUCAAGAAAUAAACGUAACUGAAAACAAUUGGUACCCCCUGCAGAAAGUAAACUACGCCAAGAGAAAGUUAGCAGGUGCCAACCCCGCAGUCAUUACUUGUGACGAGUUACGUCUGGGCCACGAGAAGGAACCCGCCUUUGGGGAUUACGUGGCUGUAGCCCGAGGAAACAAAGAUCACAAUAUUCGCGCUCAAGUCAUGGCGAGUGGACUUUCAGAAGAAAUUCAAGUAAAAUGCUUGAUUGACCAGGCAACAGACCCCAAUAUCCUUGGCAGAACUUGGGAAGGAUGGGAGCCCUGGAUGUGACGUGUGUAGGAGUAAGCAGACAUAAACCAUAAAUUGCUAAAAGAAUCUUCCCAAAAUUUUCUUGUACACCAGGUUUUCAGAUUGGCCUCCAGCUUUUUAUUGUUAGUCUUUUAUUCAGACUUUUAUAUUUGGAAACUUAUAUAUGUGAUUUGGGGCAAUAAAUGGUCAUAAAAAUAUGGAAUAAUAGUUUUGACAUUUAAAAGACAACAUUAAAAUUUAAAAGUUGUA